AGAUAUGACCGCUAAUGCACCCAGAGCUGAUUCCUACAGUGAUGUCAACUUAUCAGACGACGAAAGCACACCUCUCACAGAAAACAUUUAUGGAGGAAGACGUCUGUUGAAGUCUGCUUAUAAGGAAAUGGUCUCAUAAGGUAUGGUUUUAAAGCAAAUGCUUCAUCACCAAUUAAGACGUACGCAGAUUUCAUUUUGCCCAAGGAGAAAUCUAGGUGCAGGGACACUUAUUAAAUUUUGUUCAAAUCGUUUUCCCAUGUUUGAGGUUUCGAAAAUACCCCCAUCACUAUUUUUUCCAAAACCACCAAUAUCAACACAUAUAAAUUUAUAGUCCGG